UACAAAUGAAAUUGUAAUUUAUGUAAUUGUUACAUAAUGGUGUUUAUUUAACAGUUAUAGAAUGUUGUUCUAUGGUCUAAUAAUAAAAACAAGUUAUAGAAACUAACAUUUUAUGAAUUUGUAAUUUACGUAAAUAUUAUAGAACAUUGCUACAUAAAUCUAUCAUAAUGUGUGAUCUAAUAAUGAAAUACAAUUUCAAAAAGUAACAUAUGGUUAAAACUAUUAGGCCAAGGUUAGUUAACUUUGGAGAACUUUCGCGUAAUACAAAUUAAUGACAUGUUAAUUAUUUUUGUUAUUUAGUAAUAAAUAGUGAACACACUCUAAUAUGCCAGGUCAUGAUCUUUAGUUUUCCCCAUCCUUGCUACACUUGUGACCUUUUUGGUACCUAAUUCACAUGUAUUGUCUAAUACACCCUUAUAUGACGUUAUAAUCUAAAAGGAAUGAAAUAGGGCUAUGUUCGACAAUAUAUAAAUCAUUAUGCAUGUAAAAUGACUUAAAGGAACCUAGAUAUGAAGUAUAAAUAACACCAAUUUGGGUGUUAUCAACUUCCCCCACACUUAGGCUUUUGAUUUUCUCCAAGCAAACCUACUCAAACCAGUGCAACUUGAUAGAAAGAUGAACGCGGUAUGCAACAUAGUUCUUCAUUGCACGGGAUAGAGUAGUCGAGACGAAUGAACAUUAUUCUCCUCUUAGUGUGAAACUACAAAAUCCCUAAUGAGGACCACAUAGACUACAUAGGGUUGGAUAUUCAAGGUGUGCAUCGAGAGAUUUCUCAAAACACAUUAAAGUUCAAAUGAAGGUGCUUUUCAUUCUUUCUUUCUUUCAAAGUAGUAGUUGCCAUUUUUCAAUCUCCUUUUUGAACUUUAAUGUGUUUUGCACCAAAAGUUUGCAAAGGUUGCAAAAUUGGCAUCUCUCCCUCGUAACCAAGAAGGAAAGAAUCAUUGUCUUCUCUAUAUCGGUCACAUGUGGGGAACGCAAUGGUUGGAUUCGUCUUAGCUCUAACACCAUUCCCCAGCCUGCACUCCACAUUGGGUUUCCACACAUGUUCGGUACAAACGAGAUUCGAGGUCUCGUGACCCGCUAAAAAGUACUUUGUACCUCCAUAUAAGUUCGUGAGGAGGAGAGGUGUUUGGGGGAUGAAAAAUAGUAAAGAUGAUCUGGAUGCGGUAAAGCUAUAUGGUCCCUAAACACAUCCUCAAAUGGCACUCCAAACAGAGAGAAAAGCCCUUUGACGGCUUAACUCAAACACUAUGCUCGGUUGCCUCCCACGUGAGAACCUCCUUUUUCAAAAGAUCUUUCGUAAUUGAGCAUAUUUUUUGCAAAUAUUUUCAAGUCCAACAUUGGGUAGAGAAUCCCGCACACAUAUGUCCUAACCUAAAUAGCAAAUGUUAUGAACUCACCAAAGAGGAAGAUAAGAGUAAAAUUCUUCAUAUACCGGUACUCUACUCAUGCAAAUGUUUGAAACCCUCAAAUUUUGAAUUUUUUGGGUAUAACAUUCAAGGUUCAAGACCCAAUCAAUUGACCAUUAUAUUCAAUCAGCACAAAACACAAUCAAUCAAGUAUGCACUCCCACAAGCAAUCAUUAAUGUCUUACAUUCAUAAUCAAGGGAGGCUACUACGAUUCAUGGCAUAAUCAGCAUAAUGAUCAAUCAAACAUUCAGUUAAAGCACACAUCCCCCACACUUGAGAGACACAUUGUCCUCAAUGUGGAAGUUGUAAAGGUAAGAUCAAAAGGGGUUACCAUAGGGUGAUUUGUGGGUUGGUGAGGUUACACAAGUGUAGUUCCCUCGGUCUUCCUAGUGUUUUUCACAACGACAAAACGCAUAAGAAAAAGAGAUAGGAGGUUAUUGGACAUAAGUACGAAAAACAUAGAUAGAUAUAAUGAUUAGUAUAUUGUCGGAUAUAACCCUCUUUCGUUCCUUUUAGAUUGUAUCGUCAUACUAGGGUGUAUUAUACAACAAAAUUAACUAGAUCAAUUUAAUGGUUCGUUUGUAGGGUUGGCAGUUCGGUUACCGGUUAAACCGAUAACCUACCGGUUAUCCACUAACUGAUAACCAAGCUUCGGUCGGUUAUCGAAGGCUGGACGAAAUGGUUUUUGGUCUUAAAAGUGGUUCGGUUAACCGAUAACUGAGAAGCCAAAGCCUAUUUCGGGCGGUUUUCGGUAUGGGGAGUGGUUAUUUCGGUUAAUCGAUAACCGACCGAUCGAUUAUCGGUUAUAACCGAAAUAACCGAACUGCCACCAUAUUCGUUUGUAUCGGGUGAUUCUCAAUCCUAAACUAUACAAAAAUACAUACACUAUACACCCAACUACAUAUAGCUUGGGUUAACCGGCCGAUCGAUUACCGGUUAUAACCGAAAUAACCGAACUGCCACCCUAUUCAUUUGUAUCGGGUGAUUCUCAAUCCUAAACUAUACAAAAAUACAUACACUAUACACCCAACUACAAAUAGCUUGGGUUAACCGGCCGAUCGAUUACCGGUUAUAACCGAAAUAACCGAACUGCCACCCUAUUCGUUUGUAUAGGGUGAUUCUCAAUCCUAAACUAUACAAAAAUACAUACACUAUACACCUAACUCCAUAUAGCUUUAUAUAUGGAAAUGUUUCUUUUCAUAUACGGUAUACCUACAUUGAAAUGAGUGAUAGUUGGAAGGAUUUAGUUCAACGCAUGGUUGUCAUGCCGGUGGCAUGCCACCCGGUUGAACCUGGUUCAAUCUGUGCCGGUCAUGAAACCGGCAUGACACCACUGGUAUGAUCGACUUACUUAUUCUAAGUAAAAUGACAUCAUUUUAAUGAAUUUAAUGAAUAAAAAUAAUAAUUUAUUAUUCAUUUUAUGAAUGUAAUAGUUAAAAGUUGAUGAUAUUUGUUGGAUUGUAACUAAAUUGUCCACAAAAAUGUUUUAUAUAUGAUUAAAUACAUUGGAUAUUAAUUGUUUUCACAUUUUUUUAGACCGGCAUGAACCGGCACAAACUGAUUAUACUACCGGUUGUACCAUUCCACUUGCCAAACCGGCACAACGGUAUAAUCGGUUUGACAACCUUGGUUCAACGUGAAACACUGAUCCUUCUUGGAAUCCUUUCCCACUAUAGUUCUCUUGUAAGGAUGAAUUGACGAAGAUUGAUAUUUAUGGGAGGGACACACAGAGGUGCAUGCAGAGACAAACUGUAUGGUACGAAAUGGGCGCUGCAGCCAGUCAGCCACUAACCAUGCAAAAAGCAAGCCGACGAAGGAAACCCAUUUUAGCAAAAGCAUCCACCCAUUUUGGACCUGGCUGUGAAGCCUUUGUCCUCUUUCACCCUCCCCUCGCGUCCUCAAUAGAUAGAGAAUGAGAUAAGAUAAUGGGCGCUCACCGCCACGUGGCACUGCCAUUGUGGUGGCUCUUAAUCUUAACGAUGAGGCCCUCUGCCUCUCCAUUUCGAAAACCAAAUCCUGUGGCCAGAAAUGGGCUAACAGUGUCGUGAACCCAAUCCAAACCAACGGUAAGAUCGACUCCUCCACCAAUCAUCGACCGUCGGAUGGUAGGAAAAGGGAAUUGGGUCAGAGCACUAUAAGAAGGGCAGCUCUGUUUUGGGGGAGAGGCAGAGAAGAAGGGAAAAAAGCAAGCAGCUUUACUGAGUAGUGAAACCCAGAAGGCAGAGCAAGGCGAAUUGUAGAAAUGGCGUCCAUGAUUUCGUCCUCCGCCGUGGCCACCGUGAGCCGCACCGGCGCUCAGGCCAGCAUGGUCGCCCCUUUCACCGGCCUCAAGUCCACCGCCGCCUUCCCCGCCACCAGGAAGUCCGUCAACGACAUUACUUCCAUCACAAGCAACGGUGGCAGAGUCCAGUGCAUGAAGGUGUGGCCACCACUGGGUUUGAAGAAGUACGAGACCCUCUCCUACCUUCCCCCAUUGACGGAGGAGCAGUUGGGCAAGGAGGUCGACUACCUGCUCCGCUCCGGAUGGGUUCCUUGCCUCGAGUUCGAGUUGGAGCACGGUUUCGUGUACCGUGAGAACAACAGGUCCCCAGGGUACUAUGACGGAAGGUACUGGGUUAUGUGGAAGCUGCCCAUGUUCGGGUGCACCGACUCGUCCCAGGUGCUGAAGGAGCUCCAGGAGUGCGUCAAGGAGUACCCCCAGGCCUUCGUUCGCAUCAUCGGAUUCGACAACAAGCGUCAGGUGCAGUGCAUCUCCUUCAUCGCCUACAAGCCCGAAGGAUACAACUAAAACUCGCCGACCUCUAAUUUCUACAUACCUACGCCCACCAAAAUGAAAGGGUCUUUUGGCAUUGUUUUGACGAAGUGUUACAUAUGUGGAUGCCAGGCCUUUUUGUCCACCUUUUGCGUUUUCUUAUUCUUGUUGUUUUUUGUUGAAAUUUUCAAUGUUUUCCCCGUGGCUGGAUUCGGAUGUUGAGUCCAACGGAUGAGAAUUGUUCAAAUAAUAAUAAUAGUACUUUGCAUAUACUGUACUUUUGUGUUUAAUCAGUUCACUUAUGGAAUCGGCUAUCCCAAUCUUUCUUUCAUUUGAUUGGUUGAUGUUGUGUUGAAUAAGGAUGCUUGCUAGUUUGGAUAAGAAUGGUUGGUACUAUUGCCAAAUGAGUGGUUGUUGAUGGUUACUAGUUGCUACUGCUUCCAAGUCCAACAAAAAAACUACAGGAUUUUCCCAUGUAGCUCAUGGAUAUUGGGAAUUCUGCGGUGCUGUUACAGCAAUUGUGCCGGUACUUACUCUGGUCGGUUCACUCAGGUUUGUUUGAUUCAAUGGGUUAGAUUAAUUUAUUAACUCUUUAAAAGAACAACUUCAAAGUUAAUAUUUUAUAGAGUUCCGUUAUAAGGGGUGUUCUUUUUGUAAUUAAUCAAAUCUUGAAUGAGUUAUUGUGUCAUUAGGGUUCUAAUUGACGUACUUAUUAAUUAACUUUUUAAAAGAACAAGUUCAAAGUUACUAUUUCAUAGAAUCACAUCAUAAGGGGUGUUUUUUGUAAUUAACCAAAUCUUGAAGGAGUUGUUUUGUCAUAAGGUUCUAAUUAAUUUACUUAUGACAAUUGAACCCAAAUUGAACCAAAUCAAUAGGCAUUCGACCCGGUUAGAGCGAGUUGAAUAUGUGUUGACGAAUUUUGGGCUUCCCAAAGGUUGCCAAAACGUGAUGUUGACGAUUUUUGCAUCAUAUUUUACACGUUUUCCUCAUAUACGGGAUUGGGCAUGUGUGGUUUUGGUUGGGGGAGUUGAACCAGGUAUUGGCGGGGUUUGCUUCGGGAAUUUUUUUACAUGGAAUUAAGUCAGGUGUGCACUUUGUUAAGCUGGGUGAACCGAUGUCGACAAAUUUUUUUUCGAUGAAUGGGUGGAAUCUUAUUCAUCAAAUACGAUCAAGUACAAGUUUACAAUAAACGAGCAGUAACAAAACCGCCACUAGCCCUCAACAAAACAAUAAACCCUAAAACCAAAAACCUCACCUACUUGUAUACUUGUAAUUAUGCACAAAUACUACAUCAGGGCUGCACCUUUGUACCACAAGGACUGAAGCAUAGCCGAUUCAGCAAACCUGAGAUCACCUAUCUCUUUAGCUUCCAUCACCCCUGCAUCUUCUUGACAAGCUCUCCCACAGAUAGCUGCUUCCCGCCGUAGACUCUCCUACACCGUUCUCGCCAUACCUCGCUCAGUACUAAACACCAGAGGACUCUGCCAACCAAACACUUACCGGAGCGCUGAGUUGCUGAAAACACCGCCUGCUGCAGGUUAUGAGAAAUCGGGAGCUGCCAUGACGUCGACAAAAUUGCGUUGGCACACGUUUUUGUAAUUGUGGAUUUUGUUGGGCGAGUUGAACCAGGCGUGCAAUUAAUUAACUUGUGACAAUUGAAUCCAAAUUGAACCCAAAUCAAUGGGUAUUCGACCUACUUUGACACGAUUAAAGCGAGUUGAACCCAAUGUUGAAGCAUUUGGCUCAACAACGAGUUUUGCACGCUUAAAUCCUUGAAGCUUGGAGGAGUUUUUGUGCCAUUGAGGUUCUAAUUAAUCAGCUUAUGAUAAUUGAACCCAAAUUAAUGGGCAUUCGACCUAUGUUGACCCGGUUAAAAUGAGUUGAACCCGGUGUUGACGAAUUUUGCCUCAACAACUAGCUUUGCACACUAAAAUCAUUGGGUAUUUGACCUAUGGGUAAAAUAUGUGUAAUUUAGUCAGAAUCACUCCCGGAGCUGAUGGCCUUUCAAUGUUAUUCUUUCGAAUAAUUUGGAAUGUUAUUGGUGAUGAGGCUGACUCCAAUGGAGCCUCCAUUAUUGACGAUAAUCGCCAUCUGGAUCACCAUAUGUGGGAAAGGGACUGGCAAUUCCCGGGAGAAAUGGGGACCGGGCUAGCGGUUGUCCCCGCCACUAGACUUUUUUAAAAAUAUUUACGGUUUAAUUAGGGGUUUAUUAAUUAGGAAUUUAAUAAUUAGGGCUUCAAUGUUUGUUUGAAUUAAUAUUUUGUUUAACUUCUUUUUUCCUACUUUUCUUGUAUUGAUCUCUUAAAAAUAUUUAAAAUUAUGUUUAUUUGAUAAAAUGACAUAAAUUAAAUGCAUUCUAUUUAAAAUUUAUGUUUAUCAUUUUCAAGUUGUUUGUAAACAAAAACUAGACCGAUGUAAGAAGAAAAAAUAUAUUAUUAAAAUAAAAAUGCAUUCUUGAAUUACAAAACAAAUUGUCACCAACUAUAACUUUAAUUGUAUUACAAAGCAUCCCAACACCGAUACCAAGCAAUAAGAAUGACUAAUUAUUUUCAUGCAAGUUCCAAAUAUGCUCGACCAAGUCUUCAAGAAGCCCAUGAUGUGUUGGUGCAGCACGAAGCCUAUUAUUCCUAGCCAAGUACUUAGUUAGGGUUGGAAUAUGUCUGUCGACAUUAGUUGGUUGUUGGUCGUGGACCUCAUAAUCAAUACUAUCUUCCAUCUCAUCGUCAGAAUUAACAUGUUCAUCCUCGAUUAUAAUGUUGUGCCAAUAUAAUGCAGGUCAAUAAUCUAUCAUUAGUUGUGGCAACAUCCCAAGAUCUCGCAGGGCCACGAACGAUGGAAGUGAGUUGAAGGAGAGGAGUGCUUCGAGGGCCGAGUAUGAGCGAAAAAGGAUGGUAUUCCAAGGAAAAAAAUCGAAGCGAGAUGAAGAAAAGCGGGAUCUUGAGAAAAAGGGAUAGGGAAGAAAAGUGGGAACUUGAGAAAAGAGAGAGGGAAGCGGCACUACUUUGGGAAAACAUUGAUCUUUAUGAAAGAGACUUGUCGAAGUUGACACCAAGAAAGAGGAAGUAUUGGAGAAAUAAACACAACGUGCUUCUAGGGUAUGAUCAAGAUGAUCCCAACUAUUUAUCCAACGCAAGUCAGACCGGAGGAGGAGAUGAAAGUGAAGUGUCAAACCGGGGUGCAAAAUUAGUACGAUAUUGUCCGCUUUGUACCAAGCCUGCAUGAUUUUACUCUUGGGUGUCCUCGCUAAAAGGCCCCGUACUACUUGGGCUAGGUGGAUACUUAUAUACAAGGGUUUCCUUCUCUUGUAUUUCCGAUGUGGUACUUGGAUUGUCCCAUAACAAUCCUCCCCCCAAGACAAGGACCACGAACUUCGUGUCCUCUUCUCAUCGAUUAUCUUGAUCAGCCGGACACCUUGUAUAAAUGGGCUUCUCGAUACAAGGAUUUCCCCAAACGCAGCCCGCACGGUUUUACUCUUGGGUGUCCUCCCCAAAAGGCCUCGUACUAAUUGGGCUAGGUGGGCACUUAUAUACAAGGGUUCAUUCCCUUGUAUUUCCGAUGUGGUACUUGGAUUGUCCCAUAACAGGAAGGAAGAGAUUACGGGAAUUACUAUUCUCUUAUGGGCGAUUAAUGACAUGUUAUUUGUUUCAUCUUUAUCAUUUCAAGUGUUGUGUGUAAUCUUUAACCUUUAUCAUUAUCAAGUGUUGUGUGUAACCUCUGAGUUGUAACAUUUCAACUAUUAUGUGAACUCUUUAAACUUUAUCAUUUUCAAGUGUUGUGUGUAAAGAAAAAUUAGGUCAAUCA